GUGAUGUGGGUCACAGCUGGCACAUCCCUCGUGUUACUCAUAGUGAUGUUCCUCCGUGGUGUCACUCUCCCUUGCGCGUGGGGGGGGAUUCGACAUCUGGUCCAGUUCGAUAGUCACAGCCUACUCGACUAUAAUACAUGGGGUUUCGCCUCCGCGAACAUCCUCUACACCUACUUCUUUGGCUUCGGCAUCUACACGACCCUGGGUUCCUUCAGCCACUUCCGCCACAGCUUCUUGAGAGACGUCUUGGCGGUGUCUGCGGCUUCCUUCGCGAUGGAGAUCCUUUCGGCAAUGGCGGUCUGGUCCGUCCUUGGCUAUCUGAUGUGUGCGAUGGGCAUUCCGAUGGAAGAGGCAACAAGUACAGGCGCCUACCUCAUCUACGGAACUCUGCCGCAAGCGCUCUGCAAGACGUCUCAGCCAAUGCUCUGGUCGGCGCUGUUCUUCUUGAUGAUGUUUCUGCUUGCCAUAUCUUCGUUUAUCGUGCUCGUGCAGGUGUUGGUGGCGAUCGUCUCGACAGGCCUCCGUCGGUGGUGUCGCAAGCGGUGGCUGCUGGUGCUUGCGGUGUGCGGCCCCGGCUUCUGCAUCUCCCUCGUGUAUUGCUCUGAGAAGGGAGGCGAGUGGCUGAGCCUUGUGGACGGUUUCGCCGCCAUCGUAACACCUCUCGUUGUCUGCUUGCUUGAAGUCAUCGUUUUUGUUUACAUUUAUGGUGCGGGCCGCCUAGCGAGGGACGUGGAGAUGCUGAGUAACACUUUUGUGUCGUAUUACUGCUACUUCACCUGGAUCGCUACUGUGCCUUUGGUUCUGCUGCUGAUUCUGGCAAGUCAUUUGCUAAUGAUGAUCAGAUCCAGCAUGUAUUUCCUGGCCAUCUCGACGACGCUGGCCAUCCCCAUCUUCAGUCUCUUCUACGUCUUCCGUAGCGUCUUUUGCAAGAUGCUUCAGGGGGCGGCGACCCCCUGGGGACCAAAAGCGCCGAGUGACAGGGCAGCGUGGGAGCGGUUCUGCGCUGAGCGUCCGGUGCGGCGCAGGUUCUUCCACCGGAGGUUCUAGAAGAUGUGAACCUCUCCCGCUGAUCCUUCGAGAAAUGGAUCCUCGUCCGUUGAACCUUUCUGGAACCUACUGGAAGAUGAGUCUCGAAAUUUCGAAAAUAUAUAUAUAAAUAAAAAGUAAAAUGCA